CGUGCCACGUCAUAUGGACGCUUACGUCGUUGCCAAGGGCAAGGUGGCUGGCGUCUAUCGGCAUUAGCAACGGGAUUCUGGCGUCAGACACAGAGAUGGAAGUAACUUCUGGUCAGCAUAGCCUUUCUGCUAACAGAUAUCUACGGUUUAAUGAACCAUGGUUGGAUUUUUGCAUUCACAAUACAUUGCUACCAGGAAGCCCAUGGCAUCAGGUGUUGACAAAGAUUAGUGGUGCCUUUGCUAAAAAUGUACAGUUGUUGCCUGAUGAUCCCAAGGAAAGGCAAAUGAUAUUCAAACUCGUAGGAAAAAACUUCGUACUAAACUAUUUUAGUGAAUAUCCAAAUGAUCCUAGUCUAUUGCAUGCUCCAAACAUGAGCAUAGUAGAACAUGAGAAAAUGGAAAAAAAAUUAAAGCGUUGGCUUUGGGAUCAAUGGAAAAAGGCAGCAGAGCAAUCUGGAUGUACUACAGAUGAAGGUACAACAGAUGUCUCGCCAGAAAUGACAAGUUUUAUAAAUCACACUUUCCAGCUGGUCGAGAAUGCAAUGGAUUUGUCUUUAGCUCUACAUGAAAACAAUGAAAAGAGACACUUCUUAGGAAUGGAUGAAGAGUUUGUAUCAUGGAGAUCAUUCUCAAGGAAACGACCAAAAUCGGUUGAAAGUAAAGACCUGCAUUUGGCCAUGAACAGUACAGAAACAUUUCCAUUGAGCAAUAAUAAAGGACUUUCAGGACAUCAGAUAAAACCCCCACCUUUAAGCUGUGCUGGGGCUGAAGUGCUGGGUAAUUCAAUCUGUGCAAUCAUUUCAUUAGACUCAACUACCAUGACUUCAGUCUGCGAUAGGCUUAAUGGACACCUUCUUCCAAGAGCUCUCAGGAGGUUUAUAUGGAUGGAUAAACUUCUAAGGUCUGAAGAGAAUCUCAAAGGAAAAAAUAUAAAUGUAAUAAAACAAGAAGCAAGGGAAAGAUACGGUAGAAGACUGGAACACAGAUGUGCUGAGCUAAAGCUGAGAAGUGCAACACGUUCCCCCAUUUCAGGCCUUAUUGAGAAUGCUGUUAUAGAGAAAUUUAGAAAUACUCCAUCCAUGCGUCCCUUUGCAUCAGAUGAGGAAAUGAUCAAGGAUUCCAGCAAAUCAUUAAAUGUUCUUUAUGUUUAUAAUGGUAUAUAUGAGCCCUAUCAAAUCCACUGGCUGUUUCCACUUCAAAUAGCAUUCAGGCAAAUGCCAACUACAGCUGAGCAUCCAUAUGAAUUAUUCAUGUAUCAACAUCUUCUGAUUAAAAAUAUAUUCCCUUCAUGGCUCGAAAUUUUUGCAAUGGCUGAACGGGUCAUGGAUACCCUGCAAACAGAGGAUAUGGAGCUAUUUACUCAUCUUCAACGUACUUUUCCAAGGAACGUGACUUUCAACCCAAAAGAUUUCUUAGUAGAACUGAUAGCUAGAGAAAGAGAAGAAGCUCUGAAACUUUACGCAAGUAGCUACAAGCCUCAAAGCCUUUCUAACUUCCAUGAGGAACACUUGGCAAGUCCAAUCAUCUUCCUUAGAAAAUGGAUGGGCGAGAAUCCAACACAAAUCUAA